GGCCUUCUACACUGAUAAACACGGAGCAGAUUGAUGCAGUGUCAGAGCCUGUACGGCGGAUCGCAGAGCAGAUCGGAGCGGUCGGGGCCGGAUCUGGAGUGAUUGACAGCGGGGAGUGAUUGACACAUCCAGGGAGCGGAGCUGUGUUCACCCCGAGGCUCGGAGGAAGGUUAACUAAAAGAAGAGCUUGGACGGCAUGCAAAGUUGUGAAAUAUCUUCAGACAGCACUGAUGAUCCUCUUAGUAGUGGCCCACGGAGAAACCGACGACCGCGAAUAGUGAUUAUUGGGGCGGGGCUUGCGGGCCUGUCAGCGGCAAAAUAUCUCCUUGACAGAGGAUUCACGGAUGUCACCAUCCUUGAGGCGUCUGAUCGGAUAGGAGGCAGGGUACAAAGUAUAAAACUUGACCACGCUACAUUUGAACUGGGAGCUACUUGGAUUCAUGGGUCAAAUGGCAACCCCGUCUAUCAUCUAGCAGAAGACAAUGGCUUAUUGGAGGAAACCACCGAUGGAGAGAGAAGUGUUGGUCGCAUCAGCCUUUACUCCAAGAAUGGAGUGGCGCACUACCUCACCGGCAGUGGCCAGAGGAUCCCGAAAGAUUUGGUUGAAGAAUUCAGUGAUCUUUAUAACGAGGUCUAUAACCUGACUCAGGAGUUUUUUCAGUAUGGAAAACCAGUUAACGCAGAAAGCCAAAACAGCGUGGGCGUCUUCACCCGGGACGUGGUCCGGAAACGCAUCAAGGAUGAUCCUGAUGACUCGGAGACCACAAAGAGGCUCAAGCUGGCCAUGAUACAGCAAUAUUUAAAGGUUGAAAGUUGUGAGAGCAGUUCACACAGUAUGGAUGAAGUGUCACUUAGCGAGUUUGGUGAGUGGACGGAAAUUCCUGGUGCCCAUCACGUCAUUCCCUGCGGCUUCAUUAAGAUUGUGGAACUCUUGUCAUCCUCCAUCCCGCAAUCCGUCAUCCAGCUGUGCAAACCCGUCAAAUGUAUCCACUGGAACCGGUCCAUCUGUAAACGGAUCGAGGGGGUGGCUGACCACAACAACGACCAGAUGGAGGACAAGGGCUAUCCUGUCUUUCUUGAAUGCGAAGACUUCGAGUUCAUCCCUGCCGAUCAUGUGAUCGUUACAACUUCCCUGGGCGUCUUGAAAAAAUUCCACGAGACUAUGUUCCACCCACGCCUCCCAGAAGACAAAAUCAUGGCAAUCGAGAAGCUAGGGAUCAGCACCACCGACAAAAUCUUCUUGGAAUUCGAAGAGCCAUUCUGGAGCCCGGAGUGUAACAGCAUCCAGUUCGUCUGGGAGGACGAGGCGGAAAGUGAGAGCUUGACCUAUCCAGAGAACUUGUGGUAUAAGAAGAUCUGUAGCUUUGACGUGUUGUACCCCCCAGAGCGAUAUGGUUAUGUGCUUAGCGGUUGGAUCUGUGGCGAGGAAGCGUUGAUCAUGGAGAAGUGCGACGAUGAGACUGUUGCCGAAACCUGCACUGAACUGUUGAGAAAAUUUACAGGGAAUCCAAACAUUCCAAAACCUCGGCGUAUCAUGAGGUCCUUCUGGGGCAGUAACCCGCACUUCUUCGGCUCCUAUUCCUAUACCCAAGUGGGCUCCAGCGGGGCAGAUGUGGAGAAGUUGGUGAAGCCGCUGCCUUAUACGGAGAGCUCCAAAACUGCUGUAGGUACCCAAGCAACAGUGAAGGGCUACCUAUGUCAAAAAUGGCCUUCUUCAUUAUGUCAUUGCAUUGGAUAG